GGGUCCCAGGCUCAGCCCCCAGCCCUGCAUGCUCACCAGUGUGCAGUGGUGUGGUCUAUGAACACCCAUGCUCAGAUGCCUCGCCAGGGUCAGACAAGGCCAUCCACCUGCUGCUCCCACACUAGCCUUAGCCCUAGGGCCCGGGGGACUGUGGGUGGUGACAGUUCCCAGUGUGCUCGAGGCUGAGCUGGCCCUACCCUAUGAGCCUCUGACACAGCUGGGCUGUUGGUGUUGGGGAAUGUCACCAUCUGCCAGCCUGCUGCCUGGGCAUACUGUUGGCACCUGUGGUGGGAUGGUCCCAGGGCCUGCAGUUGGUAUCAGGGCACCCUCCAGGUCCUAAUUGUGUUCCCUUUGAGGUAGGAGGAGGAGCAGGGGUAGGUAAAGGCCCUGAUCUUGGGGUUGGCCUCUUCUGGUUUGGGUAGAGGUUGGGGACCCCCCAUCCUGUGUGUGUGGAAGGGGGUGCCAGCCUGCCUGGGCUGGGCGUUUGUGAGCCCCUCUGCCGAGGUAGGGGCCUGGGUGGGCACUGAAGUAGGAGCAGGCCUGUGUUGGUGGGGCCCUCCCAGCCCCUCAACGCUGCCUCACAGUGGCCAGGCCUGUGAGCUGGGCUGCAGAGCUUCACUCCACUCCGUUCUCCACCCUGAGAUGCCCCUGCUGGGCUGUGAGCUCCCCAGAGAGCCCCUGCUGCUCCACUGCUGGGGCUCAGUGGGCCACGCCAUGGGCAGCUGCCAGGGGCCCCAGGCCUCCAGGUUCAUGGCUGGCAAGCUUUUCUGCAUCUCAGGAGGCCCCUCUUUGAGCGAACCUUGGUCUGGCCAGGCGCCUCUCAGCUGUGAGCUGCGGGACUCUGGGGUCCCAGCGCAGCACUUUGCCCAGCCUAGGGUGGAGGAGGCUACUGAGAGAGGGCGCGCCCCAGGUCGUGUUCCGGCCACGUUCCCCCGGGGCUACCUCGCUCUGGGCCGGGGACCAAAGCCGGAGCCUCCCCAAGUGGCCGCCAGACGACAAGAGGAUCAGUGCUCUGGGUAUGGUGUGCGGCCGGAGGUGUCCAAGUCCGCCGUGCAGGCGCAGUGCGGCCGCGGGGAAGGCCGAGGGCACCGUUCUCGGGGCUAAGAGCUGCCCGGGCCAGGCCCCUCCAGCUCCCCCUACCCUUGGUAGCCAUUUCCUCCCGCUCUGGGCGGGUGGCGGAGAGUGAGGGGCGCGGGAGCGGGCUGGGGUGCGGGGUGCGGGAGGGGCAGCGAGGAGGGGAGGUCCUGGGGGCGUGGCCUGCACAGAUUGGUGG